UGGCUUAACCAUCACACAAGAUAAGAUCAAAGAUAUGUCAGGAUAUGUAGGACAAGACGAUACCUUCGUCGCUUCAAUGACAGUAUGUGAAGUUAUAUUCUUUUAUGCAAGCUUAAAGCUGGAUCCCCGUAUACCAAGGAAAGAAAAAGAGCUUAUGGCACUUGAAGCUCUUCAAAAGGUUGGGUUGAGCAAAAUAAAGAACAGUUUUGUUGGAGACGUUGACCGGCCAGGUAUUUCAGGAGGAGAGAAAAAAAGGUUAGCAGUGGCAACUCAACUUAUUUUUGGAGCUUCACUUUUAUUCUUAGAUGAGGUGACUAGUGGACUAGACAGUUUCAUGGCAGAAAGCGUAAUCAAAAUAAUGAAAGAUCUGGCUGAAUCUGGCUGCACAAUAUUAUGCACUAUCCAUCAGCCUGCAUCUGUUCUUUACGACUUAUUUGAUAAAGUUUGUCUGUUAUCGGAAGGUAAAAUAGCAUUUUUUGGCAGUCACACUGAUGCUCUGACACACUUUGAAAAAGCCGGAUACUCAUGUCCUCCGUACCACUGUCCAGCCGAUCACUUCAUCUACACUCUUGCUAUAAAAUCUGACGACGAGGUCAAAUGUAGAGAAAGAUGUGCCGACAUCGUACAAUUUUACAAGAUAUCGACAUUUUACAAAACAGUCAUCACUGACAUUGAGUCAAUUUCAAAGUAUCCCAACAAUAUUAACAACAAAGAUGUAACUACCACACAUAAAGCUACAACAUGGGGUCAGUUUUCGGAGAACUUCUGCAGAAGUGUAAGAGAGAUGAAAAGGAAUCCCAAAUAUGCCCGGGGACGAAUAAUUUCGGAUAUUCUUGCUAUCGUUUUCUUGGGAUUUUUCUACUUUAACACAAGCAAUAACAUUGAUACGAUCAAGGUGGAUAAAGGUGGCGUUAUUUUCAUUUUAGUGUUGGUCUAUGCAGUAAGGUCCAUUGGUUGCUCUGCACUCAAAAUCCCAUUGGAAUUCCCCGUCAUCAGGAGAGAAUAUAAAAAUGGACUAUACUCAACCCUGUCUUAUUUCCUUUCGGUUGUGUUCUGUGAGUACCUGUUCGUCAUUCCGUCUCUUCUCGUUGAACUAGCUAUCUUCUACUUCAUAGUAGGUUUAAGAUCGGAUCUACAGGCAUUUUUCACCGCCUAUGCUUGUUUGAUCGCCAUAAUCUGGGCAUCUAAUGGAAUAGGUUGGUUGAUCGGAGUUGCGGCCGAAAAUCCUAAGGUAGCCGGUGCAAUUCCUGCAGCAUUCACUGCACCAUUUAUUUACCUUGGAGGCUUUCUGAAGGAUGAUGACGGGGUUGGUGUUCACCUCUUUGUUUUUAAAUACCUGUCCUGGAUAAGAUAUGGAUAUCACACCUUGAUGGUCAAUGAAUUUAGAGAUCUAACACUGGACUGUGGUGAUGAAGAAUGUCCAUAUAAUGGCACAACUAUUUUACUUGAAAUGGGGAUUAACCCAAAUGAAGUGUGGUGGCCCAAUAUGGUUUGCAAUUUUGUUGUUGGACUUGGAUGCAAUCUGUUAACCUGUUUACUUCUUCCUUACAAAAUUGCUCGGUAACAAACUAUGGUCAAUGAAGAACAGGGACAAAAGGAAAUCGCGGCAUGUACGGGAUCGCGUUUUUUCCCAUUAUUUGGCCAAAAUUACCGCGAAAUCCUUUUGUCCCUGAUGAAGAAUGGCUGAAAGAUUCGCUAAAAUCCCGUCCAGCUAUCCAUGCAUGAUCAUAAAGUUAUCAACAUUCUAUUUAAAACAGUCUAAUUUCAAACCAUGGAUCCAUAUAAAUUUUAUUUGGCUUUGAGUAAACAAAAAAUCUCUUAAAAUACAGUUUUGAUGUGCUGAACCCUUUUUUCGGUGACAUAAAAUUAACAAUACAUUUAUUAUUGUAAAACGAUUUAACACAAAUUAUUGAUUACUAUUUUUCUCCAGAAAUUCCUGAAAACUUUACUGAUCUUAUUGGCUCAACAGCAUUUAAGAAUUCUACACUACAUUCGCUGAUAAUCACGUCUUAUUUUUAAUAGUAUCAAUUAACUUCCUUCAUUGCUUUUCAUUUAUCUCAAUCUGUAACUUAGACAGUUUUAAGUGAUAUUAUCGGCAAACUAUUUCCUUAUAACACUUUUUGCAGGAAAGUAUAUUGUCGAUAUGGUUUCAGAAGAGAGUUUAAAGUUAGAUCAAACCGAAGGAAUUUCAUCACCUGACAAGAGCAAGAAUAGAUCCCAUUCUUCUGAAAUUCAUCUAUCUAACCCCUCCGAAAUUCAUCUAACCUGGAAAAACUUGUCAGUUUUCUCCCCUCUAUCUGUAGGGUUCAGUUGUAUGCGAAACAAAAAGUCUGACCUAAUCCCAAAUAUCUUACUAAACGAAGUAUCUGGAGUUGCUCGCCCUGGUGACUUUGUAGCAAUACUCGGAGCCAGUGGAUCUGGGAAAACCACGCUUUUGAAGGCACUGGCGAGCAGGUUAUCCAGGAAGCUAGAAGUCAGUGGUGAUGUUAAAUUCAAUGGCUUAACCAUCACACAAGAUAAGAUCAAAGAUAUGUCAGGAUAUGUAGGACAAGACGAUACCUUCGUCGCUUCAAUGACAGUAUGUGAAGUUAUAUUCUUUUAUGCAAGCUUAAAGCUGGAUCCACUUAUACCAAGGAAAGAAAAAGAGCUUAUGGCACUUGAAGCUCUUCAAAAGGUUGGGUUGAGCAAAAUAAAGAACAGUUUUGUUGGAGACGUUGACCGGCCGGGUAUUUCAGGAGGAGAGAAAAAAAGGUUAGCUGUGGCAACUCAACUUAUUUUUGGGGCUUCACUUUUAUUCUUAGAUGAGGUGAGUAGUGGACUAGACAGUUUCAUGGCAGAAAGCGUAAUCAAAAUAAUGAAAGAUCUGGCUGAAUCUGGCUGCACAAUAUUAUGCACUAUCCAUCAGCCUGCAUCUGUUCUUUACGACUUAUUUGAUAAAGUUUGUCUGUUAUCGGAAGGUAAAAUAGCAUUUUUUGGCAGUCACACUGAUGCGCUGACACACUUUGAAAAAGCCGGAUACUCAUGUCCUCCGUACCACUGUCCAGCCGAUCACUUCAUCUACACUCUUGCUAUAAAAUCUGACGACGAGGUCAACUGUA